AUCCAUCCCACCUCACAGGUGUGCCACAUCAAGAUGCUGAUAUGACAUCAUGAGUAGUGCACAGGUGUACCUUAUACUGCCCACAAUAAAAGGCCACCCUGGAAUGUGCAGUUUUUUGCUUUUUUGGGAGUCUGGGGACUCAGAACCGGUCAGUAUCUGGUGUGACCACCAUUUGCCCCACACAGUGCAACACAUCUUCUUUGCAUAGAGUUCAUCAGAUUGUCAAUUGUGGCCUGUGGAAUGUUGGUCCACUCCUCUUCAAUGGCUGUGCGAAGUUGUUGGAUAUUAGUGGAAACUGGUACACGCUGUCGUUUACGCCGGUCAGGCACAUCCCAAACAUGCCCGGUGAGUAUGCUGGCCAUGCAAGAGCUGGGGCAUUUUCAGCUUCCAAGAAUUGUGUACAGAUCCUUGCAACAUGGGGCCGUGCAUUAUCUUGCUGAAACAUGAGGUGAUGUUCAUGUAUGUACGGCACAACAAUGGGCCUCAGGAUCUCAUCACGAAAUCUCUGUGCAUUCAAAAUGCCAUCAAUAAAAUGCACCUGUGUUCUUCAUCCAUAACAGAUGCCUGCCCAUACCAUAACCCCACCACCACCAUGGGCCACUCGAUCCACAACAUUGGUAUCAGCAAAGCGCUCACCCACACGACGCCACACACGCUGUCUGCCAUCUGCCCUGAACAAUGUAAACCGAGAUUCAUCCGUGAAAAGAACACCUCUCCAACGUGCCACCAUCGAAUGUGAGCAUUUGCCCACUCAAGUCUGUUACGGCGACGAGCUGGAGUCAGGUCAAGACCCCGAUGAGGUCGACGGGCAUGCAGUUGAGCUUCCCUGAGAUGGUUUCUGACAGUUUGUGCAUAAAUUGUUUGGUUAGGCAAACCAGUUGUUUCAGCAGCUGUCUGAGUGGCUGGUCUCAGACGAUCUUGGAGGUGAACCUGCUGGAUGUGGAGGUCCUGGGCUGGUGUGGUUACACGUCGUCUGCAGUUGUGAGGCCGGUUGGAUGUACUGCCAUAUUCUCUGAAACGCCUUUGAAGACGGCUUAUGGUGGAGAAAUGAACAUUCAAUGCAUGAGCAACAGAACUGGUUGACAUUUCUACUGUUAGCAUGCAAAUUGCAUGCUCCCAGAAUGUUUGUGGUAUCUGUGGCAUUUUGCUGUGAGACAAAACUGCACAUUCCAGGGUGGCCUUUUAUUGUGGGCAGUAUAAGGUACACCUGUGCACUACUCAUGAUGUCGGAUCAGCAUCUUGAUGUGGCACACCGGUGAGGUGGGAUGGAUUAUUUCACCGAAGCAGAAGUGCUCACUAUCACACAUUUAGACUGAUUGGUGAACAAUGUUUGAGAGAAAUGGUAAUGUUGUGUAUCUGGAAUGAAUUUUAGAUCUUUAAGUCCAUCUCAUGAAAAAUCAGAGCAGAAACAAAAGUGUUGCGUUUAUAUUUUUGCUGAGUGUAUAUAUAUACAUUUUUUCAUAAGUUUCAGGAAUUUCAGCAUGACCACAUGCAGAGAAAGUCAUGCAUAUUUUUACUAAUUUUAUUUCCGUCACAAAAAUAUUGCUCCUUUGCUUUAACGAAAAGACCUUUAUGAUUUCUCAUCCUCACUUUUACAUCCCAGCCUUGCCUGCCAGUGGGUCCGUUUUAUCAAACACCUUGUAAGACCUGAUGUCUUGUGACAGCUUGGGUCAGAGAUCAUCUUUUGCAGACAGACUGAAGCCUUUCUUAGAGGUGGAGCUGUGCUUCCAGUCACACAUUAACCGGACAGCAUGAACUACAGCUGAAUGUGGAGGCACUGAAUCGAGGUUUCUUCACAGGAAAAGCCGUGAAAAUCUGGAACCGUAGAGGACUGGCAGAUGUCAAGUGAUUAUAAUGGACCUUACCUCCAGCUUUGCCCAUGUCCACGUCCCAAGCAACAAAUCUUCAGAAGGCUCUUUCCAGGAAACAUCCACACUAUCUGAGAGUCACUGGCAGUGGCCUAAGGUUGGGCAUGGAGCCUUCACCAACUCACCACCUAAUAGGACCUUAAUGCUGCCUGCAGAGGAGUUUGAUCCACUAGGGGGUCAUAGUGUCUGGCAGGUCAUCGUAAUUGUCUUUCUAACUGGAUCCCUUUCUCUUGUCACUGUUGUUGGCAACAUCUUGGUGUUGGUGUCAUUUAAAAUCAACAAGGCACUGAAAACAGUAAAUAACUACUACCUGCUUAGCCUGGCAUUUGCUGACUUGACCAUUGGGACGCUGUCGAUGAACCUGUAUACCAUUUAUAUCAUCAUGGACCAGUGGGCAUUGGGGCCAAUUGUUUGUGACCUGUGGCUUGCAAUAGAUUAUGUGGCCAGUAAUGCCUCGGUCAUGAACCUUCUCGUCAUCAGCUUUGACAGGUAUUUCUCUGUGACCAGACCUUUGACUUAUCGGGCUAAACGUACCACCAAGCGAGCCAUGACCAUGAUUGGAUUGGCCUGGUCCAUUUCUUUUAUUCUUUGGGCCCCAGCUAUAUUACUUUGGCAGUAUAUUGUGGGUGAGCGAACAGUUCAGCCCAAUGAGUGCUACAUCCAGUUCUUGUCCGAACCCAUAAUUACCUUCUGCACUGCUAUUGCUGCGUUCUACUUGCCAGUGACGAUCAUGGCAUUUCUGUUUUGGAAGAUCUACCAGGAGACAGAGAAACGAGCUAAAGAUGUACAAAGUCUUAAGGGAUCUGGCUCAGGCAGCAGCCCAACCCAAGAUCAGAACCCAGGUAGUGGUGCUGGAAGAAACAGUGGACAGGGUUCAAAUACCAGCAAGAGGAUUUCAUUAGCAAUGCUGCACCAGAUAAGCACUCAAAGCUGCAGCAGCUGUGAAUUAAACCAGUCCUCCUCCCAGAAGAGAAACAAAAAAAAGGUUGUCUCAGCCGCUGAGAUGGGAAACCCAUCAAGGUGUGGCGCAUUUUGUUUCCAGGUUUCAUCUCUUUUGUCUAGUGAUCGUGCAUCCAAAAGGUCCUGCAACACAAGUACAGUAGGUGAUGCAGAACAUAGCAGCUGUGAAAACUGUAUCAGUGAGGAGGCUGGUGUGUCUGGGGAUGGAAUUGCUUCAGAGAUGGAAGCUGAUGAGGUGGACCAAUCACAGCCUUCCACAGAUUGCACUACAUCUACAAAGGUGGGAAAAAGCAAGGACAAAGAGCAAACACCAACUAUCAGAAGUCUCAGAGGGUCAAAUCAUGUCUCUUCCUCUUCCUCAUCUGCUGCAAUGACAUCAAGAGAUGCUGCACUGGCCAAACGCUUUGCCUCAAAAGCCAAAUCAGAAAUCAGCAAGCGCAAGAAUGAAAAAAAGGCAAAUGAGAAGAAGGCAGCACAAACACUUAGUGCCAUUCUGUUUGCCUUCAUCAUGACGUGGUUGCCGUACAAUAUCAUGGUGUUGGUUAACACUUUCUGUCAGGACUGUAUCCCUGAAACUCUGUGGGCUCUUGGCUACUGGUUGUGUUAUGUUAACAGCACCGUUAACCCCAUGUGCUACGCACUUUGUAACAAGACCUUUCGAACAACUUUCAGGGAUAUUUUAAUGUGCAAUUUGCAUCAGCACAAGAACAAACCUUAUCAACAAAGGGAGGCUGUUGCAUUCCAAAAGAAAGGCAAAAGGUAGAGUAUGAUG